ACUGACGUAAGGAAACCCCCCCUGGCAGGAUUAAAGCACAUUCAGAGGCGUCAUCAGGAGUCUGAGCUGCAGCAGAAUGUUCACGUACAGAGUAUCUGUCGAGACUGGAAAGCAGGCGUUUUCUGGGACUCUGAACUACAUUUACCUGACGCUGGUGGGUGAAGAGAGAAGCAGCGACCGAACUCUGCUGGACAAAUCCUGGUUUACACGUUUGGAAAGAGGAUUGGUGGUUUCCAUUGACAUCCAUGUGGAGGAGACUCUUGGAGAGCUUCUGCUGGUCAAACUGGAGAAGGAGAAAACCCUGAUCAACGAUGACUGGUACUGCAGGAGCAUCAGUGUAACGGCACCCACUGGAGACUGCUUUGAGUUCCCCUGUUAUCACUGGAUAGCUGAUCAACAGGAGCUGGUGCUUCCAGUAGGACGGGGUCGAUUGCCUCAAGAUGAAAAGCUCUCAAUACUGAAACAGUACAGGCAGCUGGAACUGGAAAACAGACAAAAACACUACAGGUGGAAUGAAUGGAAAGCUGGUUUACCGCUGUCCAUAGAUGCCAAUGGCUGCUCUGAACUGCCUCUGGACGUUCAGUUUGAUACUGCAAAAACAGUGGACUUCAGUGUGAAUUUCCUAGAAGGGAUCGGGAUUCUUGGUCUUAAUAAACUUAAGAGUUUGUUCCAGUCUUGGAAAGACUUGGAGGAUUUUGAAAGAAUAUUCAUAAUCAUCAAGAACACCGUGUCAGAGUAUUUGAUGGAGAACUGGACUGAAGAUGUAGUGUUUGGAUAUCAGUUCUUAAAUGGCAGCAAUCCAGUGAUGAUUAAAAAGUGUAAGAAACUUCCAGACAAGUUUGCUGUAACGCAGGAGAUGGUGGACAACUCACUGGAUAGAGGAACCACACUGCAGGAGGAAUUACAGGCAGGAAACAUCUACAUAGCAGAUUAUGAAAUACUGGAGGACGUGCAACCCAAUGACACAGACUCCAGCACCCAGCAGUAUUUGGCUGCCCCCUUCUGCCUGUUUUACAAGAACAUCCAGAAUAAAAUCAUACCAAUUGCCAUUCAGCUCAGUCGUGAGGCCACUCCAGGACAGAAGAACACAGUCUUUCUUCCCAGCGAUAAUCAAUACGACUGGAUGUUAGCCAAAAUGUGGGUGAAAUCCUGCGACUUCAACGUACACCAGCUGAUCACACACCUUCUCAGGACUCACCUGAUAUCUGAGGUGUUUGCCAUAGCCAUGUUCAGACAGCUCUCCGCAGUCCACCCUGUGUACAAGUUACUGAUACCUCAUGUCCGUUUCACCAUUGCCAUCAACACUUCAGCACGUCAAACACUCAUCAAUGACACUGGGGUCUUUAAUAAGGCUAAUAGCAGUGGAGGAAUUGGAGUUUUGCAAGUGAUCCACAGGGCCAUGAAGACUUUAACCUAUAAGUCCCUGUGCCUCCCGGAGGACUUGAAAUCUCGAGAUGUUCACAACCAGGAAGAUCUGCCCAAUUACUACUACAGAGAUGAUGGCAUGAUGGUCUGGGAGGCUGUGAAAAGCUUUGUCUCUGAUGUGGUGGAGAUCUACUACAGUAGUGAUGAGACCGUUCAGAAAGACGAGGAGAUCCAGGCUUUUGUUCAGGAUGUUUACUCCUCUGGUAUGAAGAAUUGUCCCAAUAGUGGUGAAUUUCCAAACGUCCUGAAAACCCGGGAGCAGCUGGUUGAGUAUUUGACCUUGGUGAUUUUCACAGCUUCAGCACAACAUGCAGCAGUCAACUUUGGACAGUUUGACUGGUUUUCCUGGGUCCCGAACACUCCGUCCACCAUGCGGAAACCUCCUCCCACAGAGAAGGGCAAAGUGGACAUGAAGUACAUCAUGGAGAGUCUGCCGGACCGCGGGCGCUCUAGUUGGCAUCUAGGAGCACUUUGGUCCCUCAGUCAGUUCCAGGAUAACGAGCUGUUUUUAGGCGAAUACCCUGAUAAGCACUUCACUGAAGAAGCGGCCACCGAAGCAAUUCAUAAUUUCCGCAAGAAAUUAAUUGACGUCACGAAGAUCAUCAGGAAGCGAAAUGAAACUCUGGAGCUGCCCUACUGGUAUCUGUCUCCAGACAGAAUCCCCAACAGCGUGGCCAUCUGAAGAAAACAUCUGUGUUAUCUACAAAAGCUUUUCAUAGCACAUCUACACAGUACGUCACUUAAAGAAAAGCCAGCAAAACACUGAGAGCAUCAUGGUUUUAACUGGGCUAUUAGAUCCACAUCACAGAAUAAUCAAAAUAAAUGUGCAAGCAACAAAUUACUGCCAGUCAAUAGUUACUGCACUUGAAGAAACACACAGAAUACUGAUGAGAAUCCUUACAUUUUAGUGUCAUUUUUAUAACUUAAUUUUUCAUUCACAGUUAUUUGAUUUGAUUUUAAUCACACAUCACAUCUAAAUUAUUAUUAUUUAUAAUGCUGUGUUUUUGUGUUAUGUAAUUCUUUUUACUUUCUAUUGUUUAAUUAGUUUGUGGAGUUAUAUAUAAUUUGUAAUUGUUGUUAUCAGGAGUAAUGGCUAUUUCAUGUUUUAUUUGCUUUUUACAUCACAAGACAAUGUUUUAAAAUGGUCAUAUUAAUUGAUAUUUCUUGUAUAAUAACACUUUCUGGAUUUGGACUGGUCGGAUUAGAAAUACACUCAAGUUCAUUCAAUAA